AUGGUGUCUUCAAGAUCUUCCAUUCUUUCGAUGCUUCUGUUCCUCCUCCUAACUCAAUUUGUAGUUUCACUUCAUCUUCAGGAUAGGUUACUAAAAUGUCUCUCAAGAAAUUCUGAAUCAUCCUUUCCUUUCUCCACUGUCUUGUAUGCUCCAAACAACUCAUCAUUCGAUAGUAUUUUACUAUCUACUGCUCAAAACCUCAGGUUUACGCUGCCUUCAGUACCGAAACCUGAGUUAAUCUUCACUCCUUUGAAAGAAUCUCACAUCCAAGCUGCGGUUAUUUGCUCAAAGAAGCUUGAGAUUCACCUUAGAGUCCGUAGUGGAGGCCAUGACUAUGAGGGACUCUCUUAUGUAUCUGAAAUUGAGAGACCUUACAUAGUUGUCGACCUUGCCAAGCUCCGAUCCAUUAGCGUUGAUAUUGAGGAUAACAGUGCGUGGGUUCAGGUGGGUGCCACGAAUGGUGAACUUUACUACAGAAUUUCUGAGAAAAGCAAAACUCAUGGCUUCCCAGCUGGCACUUGCUCAAGUUUAGGUAUGGGGGGGCACAUUUCAGGGGGUGCAUAUGGUGCCAUGUUGCGAAAAUAUGGCCUUGGAGCAGAUAAUGUCGUUGAUGCACAUAUAAUUGAUGUUCAUGGAAGACUUCUUGACCGAAAAUCCAUGGGCGAAGAUCUUUUUUGGGCCAUCAGAGGAGGUGCAGGGGGCAGCUUCGGAAUCGUCACGGCCUGGAAGGUAAAAUUGGUUUCUGUACCAUCAACGGUGACAGUAUUUACAGUUACUAAGACAUUAGAACAAGGUGCAACUAAGAUCCUUUAUAGAUGGCAAGAAAUUGCUGAUAAACUAGACGAGGAUCUUUUCAUCAGAGUACUCAUUCAGACAGCUAACGCCACCUCCCAAGGUAAAAGAACUAUUGCUACCUCUUACAAUGCCUUGUUUCUUGGUGAUGCCACCAGACUUCUUCAGAUAAUGCACCACAGCUUCCCUGAAUUAGGUUUAGCCCGACAGGAUUGUAUUGAAACAGACUGGAUCAAUUCUACCGUAUACCUUGCUUUCUUCCCAAAUAAUACUCCUCCUGAAGUUUUACUUCAGCGGAGGAAUAUAGUCAAGCUAUUCUUCAAAGCCAAGUCGGACUACGCCAAAGAACCCUUACCUGAAACUGCACUUGAAGGGUUAUUGGAUCUUAUACUGGAAGAAGAGCUUCCUACAGUAGCAUUUACUCCUUAUGGUGGAAAGAUGAGUGAAAUUUCUGAGUCUCAGAUUCCUUUCCCUCAUAGAAAAGGUAUCCGGUUCAUGAUUUUGUACUCGGCCAAUUGGCAAGAUGCAAAGGAAAAUGUUACGAAGCAUGUAGAUUGGACCAGGAAGGUUUACAAGUACAUGCAACCUUAUGUUUCCAAGCAUCCAAGGGAAACAUAUGUCAAUUACAGGGAUCUUGAUUUGGGCAUAAACAAGAGGACUAACACAAGCUUUACAGAAGCAGGUACUUCCUGGGGUCUUAAGUACUUCAAGAAUAACUUCCACAGAUUGGCAUUUGUGAAGGCCAAAGUUGAUCCUGACGACUUCUUCUGGCAUGAGCAGAGCAUCCCACCUCUUCCAUUUCACAUGAGAUGAAGAAUUG